AUGUCUUCUUUACAGAUUACGGACCUCCGCUUCGAGCACCUCCCGAAUGGGCUCGGUGUCCCAUCUUCUACUCCUCGCAUGUCUUGGAGAAUCUCAUCCACCGCCAUACCCAACAAUUGGAACCAAGAUUCCUACGACAUUGAAAUCACUCGUCAUGGGAAAGAGCCCAAGACGUUUCAUGUAAAAGGCACCUCAACCGCUCUCGUGGCGUGGCCCGACACCCCAUUGUCUUCAGCAGAGGCUGCCACCGUCCGGGUCAAGUCUAACGGCACUUUUGACAACGGCCAACAAGACACAGAAUGGUCCCAGCCAGCAACUGUUGAGGCUGCCUUACUAUCUCAUGAUUCCUGGGCCGCCAAGCCCAUCACAGCACCUCCGCGAUCCGAACGUCACCCCGACGAGCGAGGUAUCCGUCCAGUACGAUUCCGCAAGACGUUCGAUAUUCCAGAGCUCAACGGCCGACGGGCAAGACUUUACAUCACAUCUCUGGGAAUAUACGAGGCUUACCUCAACGGCAAGAGGAUCGGAGAUGAGUGGCUAGCCCCAGGUUGGACGGCGUACCAACACCGUAUCCAGUACCAGGUCUUUGACAUCGGCCAACUUCUAAAGCCGGGGCAAACCAAUGUACUCUCGGUUGAAGUGAGCGAGGGAUGGUACGCGGGCCGUGUGCUUUGGGGAGAUGGGCUGACCUGUUUCUACGGCGACCGGAUCGGUGUUCUAGCUCAACUAGAUGUUCUCGACGAUGCGUCUUCGGCUCCGGGCUUCCGUCUCACCACCGAUGAAACCUGGGAAUGCCAUCCUUCGCCCAUAGUAGGAAGUGAAAUCUACGACGGCGAGGCAUAUGACCUCAAUCUCGAAGUACCUGACUGGCACCACGACAAGUCCAAGUGGACGUCCGUAGAGACCCUCCCCUUUCCCAAAGUCUCCCUCGUCGCCUCCUCCUCCCCACCGGUUCGCAUUACAGAGACAGUCAAGCCCGUCAAAAUCUUUACAGAUCCAUCUGGAAAGACCCUGGUGGAUUUCGGCCAGAACCUAGUCGGCAAACUCGUCGUCCACUCCCUCCAAAAGCCCGAUAACCAUCGCCUCAGCAUCCGCCACGCCGAAGUCCUUGAGAAUGGCUUCCUCGGCAUUCGUCCUCUGCGGAGAGCAAAGCAGAUAGACACCAUCAUCUUUGGCAACGGGUACUCGUUGGAAAACUGGUCUCCGCACUUCACCUACCACGGCUUCCGCUACGUCGAGCUCGACGGCUGGGCAGCAGACGAGGUAACGCUCGAUUCCGUCUCGGCGGUGGUCAUGCACACCGACAUGAAGAGGACCGGCUUCUUCUCCUGUUCCAACGACGAUAUCAACGCGCUCCACCGCAACGUCACUUGGAGUAUGCGGGGAAACUUUGUCUCCAUCCCGACCGACUGCCCCCAGCGUGACGAGCGUCUUGGCUGGACUGGCGACAUCCAAGUCUUCAGCCCAACCGCUUCUUUCCUCUAUGAUUGCGCCGGUAUGCUGAGUAACUGGAUGCGGGAUGUGGUCCUGGACCAAAAGGAUGCGAAUGGCGUCGUGCCGCUUGUGGUCCCCAAUGUCAUGAAAGAUGGCCCGUUCCCACCGCUACCGCAGGCUAUCUGGGAUGAUGUGAUCAUCUUGGUGCCUUGGACACUGUACAAGUGGUUUGGUGACGUUGGAGUUCUCCAAGAGACGUACUCUGGAAUGAUAGACUAUUUGAAAUCCAUCCAAAGGGGAGAAGACGGUCUUUGGGACCCCGCUCUAUGGCAGCUUGGCGACUGGCUGGACCCCAACGCUCCGCCUGCCGAGCCAGGUCUUGCUAGAACUGACGGCACUCUCGUUGCAGACGCCUACCUCGUACACGUCACAGGCGUCAUCUCGCAGAUUGCGGGCAUUCUCAACAACGCCGACGACGCCGAGAGGUUCGCGUCUGAACACAAGCGCCUCAAGCAGCUCUUCCAGGACAAGUACAUCGCCAAAUCAGGCUUCAUCGUUGCCGACUCUCAGACCGCGCUGGCCCUGGCUUUGUUAUUCAACCUGCAUGACACUGCCGCUCAACGGAAAGCAGCCGCGGAGAGGCUGUCGAGAUUGGUAAAGUACUCCAAGUUCAGAGUCUCGACGGGAUUCGCGGGCACGCCCGUCAUCCUGCACGCGCUCUCCGAGAUGGGCUACAUCCAGCACGCAUACCGCAUGCUGCUCGAAACAGGGUGUCCUUCGUGGCUAUACCCCGUACGCAUGGGCGCCACGACAGUCUGGGAGAGAUGGGACAGCAUGCUGGAAGACGGCACGAUCAACCCGGGCGAGAUGACCAGCUUCAACCACUACGCCCUCGGCAGCGUGGCGAACUGGAUGCAUGCGAGCAUCGGAGGACUGUCGCCGCUGGAACCUGGGUGGAAGAAGUUCUCGGUCAAGCCGCGGCCGGGUGGCGACUUGAAGCAUGCGGAAGUAGAGUUUCUGAGCCCGAGCGGUCAGGUUCGCAGUCGAUGGGAGAUUAAUUCGGGUGGCAAGUUGAAUCUGGAGCUGACGGUGCCACCGAAUGCGUCUGCCGUUGUCUCGUUGCCCGAUGGAAGCGAGGAUAAGACAGUCGGGUCUGGAACUUACACUUUUGAAAGCGAUCUUGAUGAAGAGGUGAAGGGGGAGUGGCCGCCUCAGGCUCUGUUGACGCAGUUUGGCUUGCCUUGA